UUGCCCUGCUGCGCGCUUCCUUAACAACUCAACUGUACUCGUGUUCACGUCUAUUGGCUCAGAGUGACUCGUUUCCCAUAUAGGUGAUUUUACACUGACCUGGCUCCUUGGAACGGUUUCAAACAACACAAUUCACACGAAAUGUCUAAAUUGGAGCAGGUCCUUGAUCUUGAACCACCGUAUGAUCUCAAAUUUAAAGGUCCCUUCACAGAAGUGGUGACCACAAACCUCAAGCUCAAAAAUCCCUCUGACAGAAAAGUAUGCUUCAAAGUGAAGACGACUGCACCUCGCCGGUACUGUGUACGGCCCAACAGCGGCAUGAUUGAGUCAGGAGCCACUGUCACUGUUUCUGUAAUGCUCCAGCCCUUUGAAUAUGACCCCAAUGAAAAAAGUAAACACAAAUUCAUGGUACAGACAAUCUUUGCACCAUCCACUGCUACAGACAUGGACGCAGUGUGGAAAGAUGCGAAGCCAGAUGAUCUGAUGGACUCCAAGCUGAGAUGUGUGUUCGAACUGCCCUCUGAAAACGAUAAAAUGCCUAGCGGUAGUGCCAGGGAGACCCGUGGUAGCAUCAUGGCAUUCACCACUCCUGGGCAGACCCCCAAGCUCAGCGCCAGGCACCUGGGGGACAGGGCAGCCCCCACCCCCGGAGAGUACCGCACUCCCCUGUGCAGCUGGCACCACCUGGCAACCCGCUACGACUCCAGCGAUCUCCCAGAGUUCAUGUCAGCACCCAGCUCAGUGAGAGGCAGGCAGUGGAAGAAUGAUGUCGAUGCAACCAAAGCUGCCCCCGUCCUCAACUCCAAAGCAGAUGGCACGUCGGCACCAAGGCCCAGCAGCGCGUCCAUGGAUGACUCUGAGAUGAAGAAACUGAUGGCUGAGUGCAAGAGGCUGCAGUACGAUGUGGGCAAACUCUCAGACGAGAACAGACAACUCAAGGACGAGGGCCUGAGGAUGAGGAAGUCCCACCGGUCAGACGACAUGGUCACCGGCUCGGGUGCCAUGAUGAGCAAACAGCACUCUUCCAGCUCCCUCCCCUCGCUAAUGGUCGUCAUAGCAGCUAUCUUCAUCGGAUUCUUCCUAGGGAAGUUCGUCUUGUAGGGGUGGGGAGGGGGUGGGCGAGAGAGAAGGAAAGCGGGCCGGCAGAAGCUCUCAUUUGUCUCCCAAGACCCUCAAGGUUAAAGUGUGUGUUAUCGUUGACCUGCCAUUAUCAGUGAUAGUGUCAGCUCACUGUACGUACAUAUGUUCUGUGUACCCGAAUCAUCAACUGGCCUCGCCUUUUACAAUCUCACACAGUUAGUACACGUGGGGAAAAACGGAGAGGAAUGAGCUUUCUCUGGGGUUUUCUUGGUGGGGGGGGGGGGGUUCUGUUCAGACGUUCUGUUCUUUUUUGGGGGGUGAGGCAUCAGGAGAGGGAGGUUUUCUUAACUCAAAUUUUACACUUGUUAGAGCAUCGAAAACAGGCGAGUCGGGGUACUGGGUUCAAGACUGGUUGAACAAUUCUAAUGAGUUCUCUUUCUGUGGUUUUAAUAAGAGUUGGAAUGUUCACUGUCUUGUAUGUUAUUUUAAUCAUUUUAAUAAAAUGGGAUGGGGGGGGCCUUCCAAGCAAAAGACUGCUAAAUGUUGCUGGAUGGCCUCUUACAUUGAAAUGUAACUGAAUUCUUAAAUCCUUAAUUUUUCUUGAGGAAUGUGAAACAAUACAGUAUGCUGGGAAUAUAGGUGUCCCCUUCCAUGGACAUUUCCUGUUUCCUACUGACACACAGAGAAUUAUUACAUUUCUUUCUAGAUUUUUUCUUUACACAAGUUAUAUAUCCCUCGUGAGGCAAACGUUGACUGAAAAGAUCUAUGUUCUUGCAGUCCUGUCCCAUUGUAUUUAACAUUGAAAUAAAAUGUUUAACAUUA